GUCAGGCCCGGGCCGCCAUUUCCGGGUCCCUUCCGGCGGGUCCGGAAGCAGAGCGCGGAGCCGGCGCGGCCAUGGCGCCCAAGGGGAAGGCGGGCACCAAAGGCAAGAAGCAGAUCUUCGAGGAGAACCGGGAGACGCUGCGCUUCUACCUCCGCAUCAUCCUGGCGGCCUCCGUUCUCUACGCCGUGGUGAACCUGGUCAUCUUCUACCCCGCCGCUUCCGCCUGGACAUGGGUAGCCUUCAUCUUCAGCUGCGUGGUCUACGGCACAAGCUACCGGUCCAUGAGCUCCAUGGCAAAGCCGUCUUUCACAGACGAUGGCAGCCUUGCCGACGGGGGAAUAGACCUCAAUAUGGAGCAGGGGAUGGCAGAGCACCUCAAGGAUGUGAUUCUGCUGACAGCCAUAGUCCAAGUGCUGAGCUGCUUCUCGCUCUACCUCUGGUACUUCUGGCUCUUGGCUCCAGGGCGUGCUCUCUACCUGCUGUGGGUGAACAUCCUGGGGCCCUGGUUUACAGCUGAGUCUUCACCCACCAGUCAGGAAUCAAAUGAGAAGAAGCAACGCCGCCAAGAACGCCGCCAGAUGAAGCGCUUCUAGCCCUGCUGGGGAGAAAGAUUAACACUUUCUCUCAUCUCCAUGCUGUUAUUUCAUCAGGGAUGCGACCCAAACCAUUGCAGUAGCUACGUUGCCCUCUGUCAGUGCUGCCAUUCCACUAGAAAGGCCGCAAGUGUCUUCCCUUGGUUCUUAGCACCGCAAGAGUCUUCCCUUGGUUGGUUCUUUGUGCCACAAGAGUCUUCCCUUGGUUGGUUCUUAGCGCCACAAGAGUCUUCCCUUGGUUGGUUCUUAGUGCCAGUCGAGGCCUUGCUCCUCAGGAUGACAAGAGGGGUGAUGGUGGGGUGCGUGUCCGAACCUUUCUAAAGCAGCGCUGCGUUACGUUUGAGGUUGGAGAUGGCAACGUUGGAGGAAAUAGCACAUUAAAGAGCAGAGUCUAACUGAC